UCAUUACCGCAUGUUUUCGAUGAUAAACCGCCUACAACACCACUCGUGUUUAUUAGCAAAUGGAUGGACUAUACUAAUAAGUAUGGACUUGGAUACCAGUUGACAGACGGUUCUGUUGGUGUGAAUUUCAAUGAUAAAACUACAUUGAUAAUGUCUCCCAACGGGUGUGAAGCUCUUCCAAGUAUGAAUGAAGUUCUUCCAAAAAUAAGCCCUACUUACACAUUUGUUGACAACAAUAGAACUCAUAAUAUGGAAUUCUUGACAAAAUAUAAACGCACGCCUCAUGCUGUUCUAUUUAGGUUAAGUAACCAUUUAGUGCAGAAGAUCAUUCUUUCAGAAGAAGGUCGAGUAAUAACUUAUAUCGAUGAAGCACGUGGACUUAACACAUAUACAAUUUCUGAGAUAUUAAGAGGUGAUCAUGCAACAGAAAAAAAUCGUCUGAGAUAUGUGAAAGACGUUUUAAAAAAACUUGUAGAUGCAGUUCAAAAACUCAGUAAACCCGAGAGUAAUAAAGUGAUCUCUGAUCAUAGCGAGGUAGACAAUGAUCAUGAAAACGAGACUCCUGAAGCGGAUCAAGAUGACAUUGACAUUCUUGGGGAAUAUGAAGACGACGCAGAGGAAAUCGAAUUAACACAUUUGCGUAUUAAAGACCUAUCUAGUUUAGAUCUUGCGCGGUUUCAAAAUUUAAAGAAAUUGUGUCUUCGACAAAAUCUUAUUACUAAAAUUGAAGGCUAUGAAACUAUGACGAACUUGGAGGAUCUCGACCUUUAUGAUAACCGAAUAUCAUAUAUUGAAAAUUUAGAAAUGUUAAAAAAUUUAGUAUCGUUAGAUCUGUCUUAUAACAAAAUCAAAGUGAUUGAAAAUUUAGAAGAGCUUACUUGUUUAAAAAACUUAUAUUUUGUUCAAAACAAAAUAACCAUUAUUCAAAAUUUGGAUUCACUUAUAAAUAUAAUCAAUUUGGAGUUGGGCGGAAAUCGCAUUCGGGUCAUAGAAAAUUUGGAUAGUCUUGUCAAUUUAGAGCAACUUUGGCUUGGCAAGAAUAAAAUCACAGAGUUGCAGAAUAUGGAAAAUUUAAAAAAUCUCAAGAUUUUAAGUAUUCAAAGUAAUCGGUUGACUCAAAUAAAAGGGCUAGAAGGACUUAUUAAUUUGGAAGAGAUUUAUUUGAGCCAUAAUGGCAUAAAUGAACUUGAAGGAUUUGAAAAUAAUAAGAUUGAAAAUAUUGCACACCUGGAAAAUUUGGAGGAGUUUUGGGCUAGUUAUAAUCAUAUUACUGAUUUUGAAGAUCUUUCGUCACAACUUUCACACCUUGAAAAGUUGACAACAGUUUAUCUGGAAGGGAACCCUUUACAAAAAGAAUAUCAAUCUUUAUAUAGACUCAAAGUGAAAACCUAUUUACCUCAGCUUACUCAAAUAGAUGCUACGAAGCAUGAAGAAAUACAAGAUGGAAAAGAGAUUGAUAAAAUACGAUG